CUGAAGUGAUCCUGAGGUUGAUCCUGACACCGACCGUGCGGACGGACUCCGGUGAUCCGCUGAUCCACGCGUGGAUAAAAUGACAGCGGAGUUGGUGUUGAUGAGCUUCACUCUGCUGCUGCUGCAUCAGGCAGCUCGCUCUGACCUUUUGGAUUAUGGCGAGGAUGAGGAAGACCACCAUGACGUCACCGUCAACCAGAUGUUGGUGCCCAGGUCUCACCAGGAGGAUGCCACGAACAUCCUGAACAACCUGCUCAAGGAGUAUGACAAGACCCUGAGGCCAGACAUCGGAGUGAAGCCAACCAUCAUCGAUGUGGGGAUUUACGUCAACAGUAUUGGACCUGUGUCCUCCAUAGACAUGGAAUAUCAGAUUGACAUCAUCUUUGCUCAGACCUGGGUGGACACACGUCUGCGUUACAACAGCAGCAGCAUGAGGAUACUCACACUAAACAGUAACAUGGUGGGUUUGAUCUGGCUUCCUGACACCAUCUUCAGAAAUUCUAAAACUGCAGACUCUCAUUGGAUAACAACGCCCAAUCAGCUGCUGCGGAUCUGGAACAAUGGGAAAAUUCUUUACACUCUGAGGAUGACCAUCAACGCUGAGUGUCAGCUGCAGCUUCAUAAUUUCCCAAUGGAUGAACAUUCCUGUCCUCUGGUCUUCUCCAGCUAUGGAUACCCUCGAGAUGAGAUUGUGUACAAGUGGAAGAGGAACUCAGUGGAGACGUCAGAUCAGAAGUACUGGAGACUGUACCAGUUUGACUUCAUGGGUCUGAGGAACACCACAGACGUUCUGGCCACCACAGCAGGCGACUACGUGUUGAUGACGGUCUUCUUCGACCUGAGCAGACGGAUGGGCUACUUCACCAUCCAGACCUACAUCCCCUGUAUACUGACUGUUGUCCUGUCCUGGGUCUCGUUCUGGAUCAAGAGCGACGCCACGCCCGCCAGGACAGCUUUAGGAAUCACCACAGUUCUGACCAUGACCACACUGAGCACCGUAGCCCGUAAUUCUCUGCCCAGAGUUUCCUACAUCACAGCCAUGGAUCUGUUUGUCACCGUCUGCUUCCUGUUUGUCUUCGCCGCCAUGAUCGAGUACGCCAUGCUCAACUACUACUCCUACAGUAUACGCAGACCGACGGCCAAGCCUCAGAGGAUGACCUACACAUCCUUCAGCAGAGGGCGUCACCCCCGUGCCAGGACCAUGAUGCCCAUGGGGAACUCUUUGUUCUGGCACGACUACGACGACAACUGUGUUUAUGAGUGUCUGGACGGGAAGGACUGCAAAAGCUUCUUCUGCUGCUACGAGGAGUGUAAAGAAGGUGGCUGGAAGAAAGGACGCAUCCACGUCAACAUCCAGGAGCUGGAUUCUUACUCUCGGGUUUUCUUCCCUACGUCCUUUUUACUCUUCAACAUUGUCUACUGGGUCAGUUACCUCUACCUCUAAUCCCAACCGAAGCCGCACAUCCUGGAGCUUCAUCUGUGGAGGGUGGACAUGAGUGUGGAGGUCACUCCACAGUCAGGUCUACUCUCUGAAGGGCAGUCUAUAAGGACUGCUGCCUAGGGAGUGCUUUGGUGUUGAGUGAAGACUAAAGGUUCUGAUCCUUGAGAACCUGAGAGGACUUUUCCUGUUUUUAAACCGAACUGCAGACAGCUUUGAUUUCACUGGGAAACGUCUGUAUCGCUAAAAGCCUCAGCAGCAGAGGAGGAGGAUGAGAAGGGGGCUGUGAAGCACCCACAGUGCCUUCUUUAAAAAAAAGGGUGCGGACACUACGUAAGGCCUAAGCUCCAUUAUUUUUAUUACCUCAUCCAUCACAGCUGCCACACGCUGGGCUGUUUGUUCUGUGGGAAAACAAAGACAGAACGUGCUUCACACCGCUGGAGAUGCUGAGAAGAAACAAACACCCACUUUUCCUUCUGUAGCACAUUAGCCUCACGUCUACUCUUUUACUCCUACUUCUCACUAACUUCUACUUUUUCUCUCCAUUACUUGAGGGCUGUCACUUUUCCAAGCAUACAACUCUAAUGAUUUUUUGGGUAUUUCAUUUAGUUUGUUCCAUUCUCCAAAAUUACCUGGUUUCUGAUACACAACGGUCUAUUUUGUGAGAUGGUGAACUAAGAAACAACAUAGUGUCACUGUCUUCUUUAAAUGGUGGAUCGAUCGAGCAAAGCAAGGUAUCAAGCCUUUGGAAAACAGACCUACCCCAAACCCUAGAGCCCUUAUUUAUCAACCUAUCUGCUAACUUGAACUUAUCUUGUAGUUUAUCUAUUUUUUGGCAAACACAUUUUUAAAAUAUUAAAAAAUGUUCCUAAUUCCCAAAAUCUUUUUUGAUUGGUGACUUGUCAGCCACCUGAGGAUCAACAUAGUGUCACUGUCUCUGUUUCUAUCUAAGGGUGUGUUCAAAGCCAAUGGUUUUCAGUCUUAACUUAAAUAAUCCCAGGAACUCAUUGUUGUCCUUUGACAUUCUUGAACUACCGACCAUGUUUCCUCACAUGAGUUUCUAACUGGUCAUUAUUUUUCCCACAUUGUUUGGACUCAAAGUGACAGCCCUCCAGUGUUUUUCGGGGUUAUUUGUACUUAUAAUGUGUUUAUACACAGGUGGUUAGUUAUUAAAUAUCAGUUUGUGUGGGGACAGUGGUCGUCUGGUAACAAUCUUGUGAAGAUUCAUAUCAAAGUAAACGCCAAGAAUUUUUGUCUUUUGUUUUUAGUCACCGUUGAGUCUUAUCUUGUAAAACUACAGCUCUCUUAUAUUAACACCCCAAAUCCUUCGCACUUAUCUCUAAACAACACACAGACUAGAAUUAGGAGAAACUCUAGUGAAAGCAAAGUGGUCCUUCAGAGAUGCUCCGACCGUCUUUGUCUCUUUGCUUUUCUUAUGUAUUGCUAUUGAUUUACUGUGGACUGUGGCUCAUCAGCUGGGGUAGGGAAAACGGCUGACAUUUUGGGAAACAAUAAUCUCUGAAAAAGCAGAGUCUUAAUUUAAUCUGGGUGACAGUGCAGCUUUAAUGAGAGCAGACGAACACACACACACAUACACACACACACACACACACACAGUCGGAAACAGGCCCUAAUUAGGCCUGAAAAAAACAGUGUCAGUGUCAGAAAAAGACACAAAGUGCUGACAACAACAGUUUCUCUGUUGUUGCUAUUAAUGAGUCACACUGUUUACAAACAAACACUCGAACAACAGUAAACACGGCUGUGUUACCGACAGAAAACUCUGAAAAAAGAAAAUAAGGUCAUGUACAGAGUAAAAAGUAACAGUAACCGAUGUUCCAAAAUGUUUCUGGUCUGUUCCUGGUUCAUGGUUCCUGGUUCAUGGUUCA